AUGUCUGUUCAAGACGGUGCCCUCUUUGACUUUAUUGUGGUCGGCGGUGGUACGGCAGGCAACAUCGUCGCUUCUCGCCUUGCAGAAAACCCCAAUGUCAGAAUUCUCGUCGUCGAAGCUGGUAUCGGAACCUCCAAGGAUAAUGAGGAAAUUCGGACCCCCGCUCAUGCGAUGGAUCUGCGUGGCAGCAAGUACGAUUGGGCCUACAAAACUACCAUAGUCAAGCGCGAAGACUACGAGCGCAUUGAGAAGCCUAACACGCGUGGAAAGGCUCUUGGUGGUAGCUCAUCCUUGAAUUACUUCUCUUGGGUGCCUGGUUCAAAGGGUACCUUUGAUAUGUGGGAAGAAUACGGUGGGAAAGAGUGGACUUGGGAUCCACUCGUUCCCUAUCUGCGAAAAAGUGUAACUUAUCACGAUGACGCGGGUCUUUAUCCUCCAGAGCUUAAGAAGAUUGGCGCCGGUGGCCCAAUUCCAAUCGCCCAUGCCGACCUUAUCCCGGAGAUGAAGGGCUUUCGUGAUCUCCUCACUAAAGCAUGGCUAUCUACCGGUGAGCCUCUCACGGAAAACAUAUACGAUGGAGAGAUGCGGGGCCUAGCUCAUAGUGUCAACACUAUUUAUAAGGGCCGUCGCUCGGGGAGCUUCCUAGCAGUUGUGGAUAAGCCAAAUAUUACUAUACUUGCUGAGGUUCACUCGAAACAGCUUAUUAUCAAUGAUGCUGAUACCACUCCCAUUGCGAAGGGUGUUACUGUGAUUGCCGCCUCUGGGCAGGAGCUGAAUUUCUAUGCUUCUCGUGAAGUUAUCGUCUCUGAAGGUGUCUUCGAAACCCCUAAGCUUUUGAUGCUCAGCGGUAUCGGGCCGGCGCCAGAGUUGGACAAGCAUAAUAUCCCGGUGAUUGUUGAUUCACCCCAUGUUGGACAGCAUCUGUUAGAUCACCCUGGUGUUCCAUUUGCUCUUCGUCUGAAAGACGAUUUCUCAAUGGACAGCCAAGUCUUGAGAAAGGGUCCACUACAGACCAAGGUUCUGGAAGCCUAUUCUAAGGGAAAUCGUCAUCAAGGCCCAAUGGGGUCAUCUUUCCUCGAACUGAUUGGUUUUCCUCGUAUCGAUAAAUACCUAGAAAAGUCUCCUGAGUAUCUUGAGGCAAAGGCUGCCAAUGGUGGGCUUGAUCCGUUCUGUCCAUAUGGCCAGCCCCAUUUCGAGCUUGACUUCCUCCCUAUCUUUGGCAGUGCCUUCCAGUGGCAUUUCCCGCAUCCAAACAAAGGUAGUUAUAUGACGGUCAUGGUGGAUCUUGUUCGACCUGUCUCCGAGGGCGGAGAAGUCACCCUCAACAGUACAAACCCUCUGCAGCAAGCUAAUAUCAACUUGAACUAUUUCGAGAACGAUCUUGAUAUUAUUGCCAUCCGUGAGGGUAUCAGGUUUGCAUAUGAUGUUCUCAGGAAUGGUGAAGGGUUUAAGGACAUCAUUGUGGAUGAUUAUCCAUGGGAUAUGCCUCUUGACGACGACGAAGCCAUGAAAAGAACAGUGCUAGAUCGCUCCCAAACAUCUUUCCACCCUUGUGGUACUGCCAGGCUCUCCAAGGAUAUCCAGCAAGGUGUGGUAGAUGCGGGUCUAAAGGUCCACGGAAUAAAGGGCCUGCGUGUUAUUGAUGCCUCCGUUAUCCCUGUUAUUCCUGACUGUCGCAUUCAGAACUCAGUCUAUAUGGUGGCAGAGAAGGGUGCCGAUGCUAUCAAGGGUGACCAUGGAGACCUCUACCACUAG